AUGGAGAACCAUGGCCAAUAUGCCAAUCGCGGUCGCUCCCCGUCCGCGAGCGUGCAUAGCCGCAAUGUCAGCCCAUCACCGCAUCACGGCCAGCACUCGCCAUACCACGACCCUUCCGCCGCAGGACUCAUGCUAGAUGCUUCUACAGCAGGAACAGGGUAUCAGUCAAAUCUCACAUUCACAACAGCACCGCCGCUGUCGUCCUCGCUUGCGCCCGACUCGAAUAAUCCCGAUCUUUACAACAACUUCUUGACCGCUACCACCACCUCUCAACAACACGAUAACCUCGCGGCGCAAAACGAUCAGUUUGCUUCUUCGUUUGCGGCAACGUUUCAGGAUCAGUUGGAUCAGUCGGCGACUCACCAAGACGCGAAUUAUUCGAAUUUGCUCAAUCCGAAUCCGAACGAUUAUGAUUUUACGCAGUAUGCUGUGGGCGGUGAUAAUGCGGUCAUGCAAUCGGCCUUCGAUUCGUCUUUAUUGUUGGACCAGCAGCAGCAGCAGCAACAGCAACAGCAACAACAUAAUACACAGAAUGUUCAGUUGAUGGGCCAAGGGGACAUGACUCAGAUGGGGUCGCCUAAUAAUUUGUUAUCGCCUGAACAUCAUUCUUCUCCUGGGAAUAGCCAUACUUCGCCGCCAAUUUCGUCCGGACCUUUCUACUCGCCAGGGCAUUCUCGAAGCGCUUCUCUAGACCCAAUGAGUGCGGCGUACAUGUCUAAUCAUAACCAGGCACAGGAUUGGAAGAAUAUGCUGGAGAACCACUCCUUUCAGAGUCAUCGCCGUGCUCCCUCGGAACAUUCUGAUGUUUCGUCGGUGGCUCAUUCGCCUUAUGCCGGACAUCAUGAGUCAUUCGAUGCUUUGGAUGGUGCUUCGCCUUCUUUAGGAGCGCAAAACGAUCCUGUGCUUUAUGAUAAUACGUUGGCGAUGGAUAGUUUUACGCUUUCGGAGCAACAGCAGGGAUUGAGUCCUCACCAUAGUCCAUAUAUCUCGCCGCAGAUGCCUUCUCAAGAUAUUACUAGUGAUGCGUUUAUACUAAGCGGACAACAAAAUAUGACUCAGUUUCCUACGCUUCCUCAUGACAUCUUCACAGUACAGCCGGAUGAUGGUAUGCUUGCUGGUACGCAAGCGCCGGAUAUGUCAGGUCUCGAUGCGAACCAAAUGAAUAAUAUGGUACCACCUCCAUCGAUCAACGUGGAAUUUGCGCCUCCGUCUAGAAUGCCUAGUUUUGGUCCCGGAGGUGAGAAUGAUUUCGACGCACUAUCCCCACCAUCUAGAGGGUCUCGUGGACGAAGUAAAUCAGACCCCUUUGGAAGACCUACGCCGAUUGUCCGGCCUCAUUCACAAUCUGUAUCGUCAACAAGCAGUCUAGAUCCAGCCGUAGGCUCAUCUCCGCGGUCCCUUUCGCCGUUUGACUCUAUGGGAGGAUCUCGCAGCAAUCCAGGCUCCCGAGGCGUGUCCCCGGCAUCCAGAUCGUCGAUACGUAGACAGUCUACGUCGUCUAUUGAACGCAAAGUCAUUCUUGAUCUAGCCGACCCUCAGCGACCAGGUGCUACACCCGGUGAAUCAAAGAGGACCCAAAAACAUCCUGCCACAUUCCAGUGCAACCUCUGUCCUAAGAGGUUCACACGUGCGUAUAAUUUGCGGUCCCACCUUCGAACCCAUACGGAUGAGCGGCCCUUUGUUUGUACCGUGUGUGGAAAAGCAUUUGCCCGUCAACAUGACCGUAAGCGACAUGAAGGUCUACACUCAGGCGAGAAGAAGUUCGUAUGUCGCGGCGAUCUUGCUUCCCGUGGUCAAUGGGGAUGCGGACGACGAUUUGCUCGAGCCGAUGCAUUGGGUCGUCAUUUCCGAUCAGAAGCUGGGCGUGCUUGUAUAAAGGCGCUGUUGGACGAAGAAGCCAUUGAGCGUAAUAGAAUAUUCAUGGAACAACAAGCGCAGCAACAAGCACAGCAACAACAUCUACAGCCCGUCCCGCAACCCCUGAUGGUCCCUGGUCUUGAUAAUCAAGCCGGAUUUACGCUUCCAGCAGCACUACUAGCCCAAUACCCAGCUCUCCAGAACCUACAAUGGGACCAAAUCGCCACCUCCGGAACGGACGAUGUCAGCGAUAUAAGCGCCCGAAACAGCUUUGAUGCAGGCUCAGGCGGCGAAUUCGGCUUCGACGAUGACGAUUUGAGUAUAGGUAGUUUCACAGGCGCGUCGGGUCAAGGCGUAAUAUACGCUGGUGGGAGCCACCCCACCUCAGCACCAAAUUUCGCCUUGGAAGCGACAGAUCCUAAUUUCACGGGACAGGAAUGGAGUCAAUAG